AAUGAUCAUGAACCACGAACGUUCUUUUCUUUUUUUGCUUUUGAAAGAACCACAAGUGGCUUAUGAAUUCAGACCGGCCGGCCACACAACCAUCUAGAAACUGUCCAGCUUUUACUAGUCCACGCCUUGGAUCUUUCCAGAACAAGUGGCCGGCCGGCCCAAAGGCGGCCGAGUUCCAUCCUUCGGUCGGUCCCUCCCCCUCUAUAAAAAAGCCCUCUACAAGCUUCUUAAUUUGCCCAACCAUCUCUCCCCAUCUAAUCAAUCUCUUUCAGUCUUUCUGCAUCCAUUUAAAUCUAAGUCAGACGGCCAUGGCAGUUCUGAAAGUCCACGGCAGCGUUAUAUCAACGGCGGCGAGGCGCGUCUUAGCAUGCCUUUACGAGAAAGGACUCGACUUCGAGUUCGUUACCGUCGACAUGAGAGUCGGAGAUCACAAGAAGGAACCAUUUCUUGCCCUCAACCCAUUCGGUCAGGUUCCGGCAUUUGAAGACGGAGACUUGAAGCUGUUUGAAUCAAGGGCGAUCACCAAGUACCUAGCCCACGAGUACCAGGAAUCCGGGACUGAGUUGAUCUACAAGGACUCAAAGAAAAUGGCGAUUCAGGCGGUGUGGAUGGAGGUGGAAGCCCACCAGUAUGACCCGGCGGCCUCAAAGCUGGUGUGGGAGCUGGCCGCGAAGCCCGCGUUUGGCAUGACCACGGAUGCAGCAGUUGUAGAGGAGAACGAAGCCAAGCUGAAUAAGGUUCUGGAUGUAUACGAGGCUCGGCUUUCAGAGUCCAAGUACUUGGCCGGAGACUGCUUCACCUUGGCCGAUCUCCACCACCUCCCUACCGUUACUUACUUGAUGGGAACGCCGGCCAAGAAACUCUUCGAAAGCCGCCCCCACGUCAACGCCUGGUGCACCGACAUCAUGUCCCGACCAGCUUGGACAAAGGUCGUUGAGAUGCAGAAGCAACACUAGAUGAAGAAGCCAUGGACUCUGUCUCUCUUCCGCAUCGUCUCUCAAAUUUCGAGCAGGGUUUUAACGGUGGUUUUGUCGUCGGUCGAUUUUUUAGCGAACGAAGUUUGGAUUGUUGUUACAACUCGGAAGUCAUCUACUCUACUUUAGUUUUGUAAUAAGAAGAAUCGAUAUUUCAAUAAUAGUCCAUUUGUCGUAUUAUAAUAAUAA